CGUCCCCGCCCCCCCUCCCCCCCAGUCCGCCUUCGAAGCGCAUCCUUCCGCUCCUCCCCCCGGGAGGCCCCCAUUCGAUAGAAAAGAAAACACGCUCAUCCCCUGCCCUUCCUCCUCGCCCUCCUGCUCAGCAUGACCGCUCGCUUCCCGCUGGUGCUGCUCCUGGCACUGCUCGGGGUGGCCGGCCUCCUGCUGGCUCCCCUGCCUCGGGCCCUGGGCGCUCUGUACGUGCCGCAAUCUUCCCUGCUGAGCUCCUCCGCGCGGGUCGUCCACCAGGAUGGCCCCCUCUCCGGCCCGGUUGGUAAGGUCCUCUCCUCGGGCGAGCGCGUCCCGCUCGAGGUGUGGGUUGUCCCGCACAGCCACGAUGAUGUCGGCUGGCGCAUGACCGCCGACGAGUACUAUGUCCAGCAAGUCAAGAAGAUCUACGACACCACGGUCGAUGCGCUGUCGCGCAAUCCCUCCCGUAAGUUCAUCGUCGUGGAAAUGGCCUUCUUCAGCCGGUGGUACCGCGAGGCGACCGAUGCCCAGCGCAAGUUGGUUCACUCCUUCGUGGCUAAUGGUCAAAUGGAGUUCAUCCUGGCUGGGUGGGUCAUGAGCGACAAUGCCAACCCCACCUACUCGGCCAACAUCGACCAGAUGACCGAGGGCCUGCAGUGGCCCUACGAGACCCUGGGCGUGGUGCCCGUCACCAGCUGGAACAUCGACCCCUUCGGCCUGUCGGCCGUCUACCCGACCCUCUUUGCCAAGAUGGGCUUCAAGGGCGGCGUCAUCAAUCGCAUCACCUACUCCGACAAGGACCUCUUCAAGGCCACCCAGCACAUGGAGUUCGUCUGGCGCGGAUCCAAGUCCCUCGGCGCCGAGGUCGAGCUCUUCACUCACGUCCUGAGUGACCACUACUCCUCGCCGUCUGGCUUCGACUUCGAGCGCGACCAGCCCAUCACGCCGCACAAUGUCGCCUCCAAGGCCAACACCCUGGUCCGGGAAUUUGCCCGCCGCGCUGCCGGCUAUCGCACCCAGCACCUCCUCAUCCCGGCUGGCGAUGACUUCCGCUACCAGAAUGCCCACGCCCAGUUUGACAGCUGGGACUUGUUGAUUGACUACAUCAAUGCCAACUCCGAGCAGCUCGGCGUGCGGAUCCGCUACUCCACCCUGUCGGACUACUUUGAGGCGCUGGCCCGCGAGACGGCCGUCACUUGGCCCCUCUUCACCGGGGACUUCUAUCCCUAUGCCGAUAAUGAGCUCUCCUGGUGGACCGGGUACUUCACCUCGUACCCGCAGUUCAAGCGCCUGGUCCGGACCACCGAGGGCGAGAUGCGCGCCGUGGAUAUGCUGUCGCAGGCGGCCGCGGCCCAGGUCGGCCCGGCCCGCUUCCAGCACCAGGUCCCCUCGACCCAUGUGUCUCCCCUGCGCCAGGCCCAUGCUGUGGCCCAGCACCACGAUGCCGUGACCGGCACCUCCAAGGCCUACGUCAUGGAGGACUAUGUGCAGGCCUUCGCCGAGGCCGAGCCCUCCACCCGCCGGGUGUUCGCCAACACGCUGGCCGUCCUGCUGGGCGGCGAUGCCACCCCUGCCCAGCUCAUGGAUUUGGAUCUGGCCGGGCGCCUGGACCGCUUGGCCCCGGGCGGAGUGGUGCCUGUGGUCAUCGCCAAUAGCCUGGCCUGGCCCCGGCACACGGUGCACACCCUCCCCCUCGAUCGGUCGGAUGUCGUGGUGCGUGAUGCUGAUGGGGCUCUGGUCCCGAGCCAGGUCAUCCCGGCCCUCUUCGACGAGCCAUCCCUUGGGCGUCUGCCGUACGAGCUGGCCUUCGAGGCGCGCCUGCCGGCCGCCGGCUACCGGGUGUACUUUGUGGAGAUUGCCCCCCUGGACCAGGUGUCCGAGCCGCGCAGCGUCCUGAAUGCCGAUACCCCGCUCACUUUGCGCAACGAGGCCAUCAGCCUGGCCGUGACCCCGGGCCAGCGCAAUCUGGCCAUCGUCCAGACGGAUCUCCUUGGGACCGCUGGCCAGACCGUGAGCAAGUUCGCCGCCGAGCUGCGCUUCUACCGGAGUGUCUCCACCCAGCAGCAGAAUUCCGGCGCCUACAUCUUCCGGCCCAUGGAGGAUAUUCACCUCCCGCUGGACCGGUAUACCGAGGUUACCCUCGUCGAGGGCCCGGUCUUCUCCGAGGUUCGGGCCUUCCACAACCGCGAGCAUGUCCUCGCCCUGCGCCUGCACCAUGUCGGCUCGGUCGCCGAUCAGGCCCAGGUUCAUGUGGACUCGCGCCUUGGUGAGAUCCCCUACAACACGGAGGUGGUCGUGCACAUCGCCACCGAUCUGGCCGACACGGUGUUCAUCUCGGACAACAAUGCCCUGGAGAUGCAUGCUCGCCGGCCAUACGACGGCUCCGCCCCCCAGAAGCACUUCUACCCGAUCGUGUCGCAGGCGGUCCUCCGGUCGGAGGCGGAUGGCACCUCGGUGGCCUUCCUGACUGACCGCGCGGUGGCCGGCGCCUCGCUUGGGCCCGGUGCCGCGGAGUUCAUGCUCCACCGGCGGUGCUCGCGUGACGAUGGCCGUGGUGUGGCCGAGGCCCUGAAUGAUCGGUCGGUCAUCCGGUCGCGGCUGACCAUGCACCGGACCGGCAAUGUCUCCAUGGAUCGGACCCGCGCGCAGCUGAACAUCAUCAACAUGUUCCCCCCACUGUUGGCUGCGUGCGGCCCGGCCGCGGCCAAUGCCACCGUCUGGGAGGUUGACACCCCGGUGUUCUCCAUGCUCCAGGCCCCCCUGCCGGACAGUGUGCACCUGCUCACCGUCAAGGCGGACGCAUCGGCGCACUGGCGCACCGGGCUUCUGCGCUUGCAGAACAUCUUCGAGGUGGAUGCUGGUCUCCCAGAGGAGGUGAUCGAUGCCACCCAGGUCCUGGACUUCGGCUACUCCCUGAGCGAGGAGCUCGAUCUGUGUGGCAUCAACACGGCCGAUCAUUAUGUCCGGCCACAGUGGGCCGACGAUUCCGGCAGCGUGCAUGUUGCGCAGAACCCCCUCAGUGUGUUGAUGCGCCCGAUGGACAUUCGUACUUGGCGCUACAAGCUCUCCAACCCCUACUGAUGAUCGCAGAGGAAGGCCCCUCUCGCUCUCCCCCCUCCUCCCCCCCCCCCUCCCAUCCCUUUCUCCCCGCUGUACCCC